ACAGUACAACUGAUUAUUUGACUAGUAAAACUCCAGUGGACAGUACAACUGAUUAUUUAACUAGUGAAACUCCAGUGGACAGCACAACUGAUAAUUUGACUAGUGAAACUCCAGUAGACAGUACAACUGAUUAUUUGACUAGUGAAACUCCAGUGAACAGUACAACUGAUUAUUUAACUAGUGAAACUCCAGUGGACAGUACAACUGAUUAUUUGACUAGUAAAAUUCCAGUGGACAGUACAACUGAUUAUUUGACGAGUGAAACUCCAGUGGACAUUACAACUGAUUAUUUGACGAGUGUAACAUCGGUGGAAAGUACAACUGAUUCAAUAAGCAGUGAAACUCCAGUGAACAGCACAACUGAUUAUUUGACUAGUGAAACUCCAGUGGACAGUACAACUGAUUAUUUGACUAGUGAAACUCCAGUGGACAGCACAACUGAUUAUUUGACUAGUAAAACUCCAGUGGACAUAGACAUCACCGAACCACCGACAAGUGAACCACCAGGAAAAAGUACCACAAGCAUCACCACAGAUCCUGAGACAGAUGAAACAUCCGGUAGCACAACUGAUCCAGAAACAUCUGAACCAUCAGGUAGCACUUCAACAGAACCAUCAGUGAGCACUACUGAUCCAGAAACAUCUGAACCACCAGGUAGCACUUCAACUGAACCAUCUGUGAGCACUACUGAACCAGAAACACCCGCCCCACCAGUGANGACAGAUGAAACAUCCGGUAGCACAACUGAUCCAGAAACAUCUGAACCAUCAGGUAGCACUUCAACAGAACCAUCAGUGAGCACUACUGAUCCAGAAACAUCUGAACCACCAGGUAGCACUUCAACUGAACCAUCUGUGAGCACUACUGAACCAGAAACACCCGCCCCACCAGUGAGCACAACAGUCGAACCUCCAA